UGACUUCCCAGAAAUGGUGUGACUAGAUCAUCACACUGUUGACAUUACAUAAAUGCUGGACAGGGUCUAAAGACUGAAACCUGCAGGGCAGCCUCUACCGAACACACACACCUUCUCACUUUUAGACUAAGAGAUGGACCCUGAUGCUGUAAAAACGACUGUGAUGGCAGCACUCGGCCAACCUUUCAGUCUUGGGAUGCUCUAUGAUUGCCACAGAAAUUCACUCAUCCCUGCUAUUUCACUGUGGGACCGUGAGGAUCUAUCGAAACAUAUCGGAGAGAGACCACAGUACUACAGUGACUUUGAGAUAGUUGCAUCUGAGUCAUCUGAGGACAAAUAUUCAGCACUAAAUGUUGAUGAAUCCCUGAAGGCAAGUUUACUAUUUGGACUGAUAGAGCUUGGUGGAUCAGCCAAAUACCCGAAUAAUAACAUGACAUCCAAAAAUCAAGCCAGGGUAACACUGAAAUAUGAAGCUACCACAAAGUUCCAGGAGCUGUCGAUGAAUCAUCUAGCAGCAGCCAAAGUGCAGCAUCCAGAUAUUUUUAAGAAAGGAGUAGCAACACAUGUAGUCACAGCUAUCCUUUAUGGAGCACAAGCCUUCUUUGUGUUUGACCGGAAGUGUCUGAAGGAGAAGAUUAUCAAGAGGUUCAAGGGAACAUGAAAUCCAUGAUCAAGAGGAUCCCCUUGAUUGACACUAAAUAUGAAAGCUCUUUGAAACUAGAGGAUAAGAACAUUACACAUGACGAGAAAUUCACCUG